AUGACAGUAACUACAAGUCACUACUCACUAUUAGCAGUUCUCUGUGUUGUUUUGAUUGUCUUGUACUUUGCAAAGAGAUCAUUGGACAUCAUAAACAACCCUCCCAAAUCAAAGAAGAAGGGUUAUGGUGCCUCAGAAGAUGAGCCAGUGCCUCUACCUACUCCUCUAAACAUUACUCCCGAAGAAGUUAAGACAAGAGAUGACAGACCAUGGAGACCAUUCAGAUGGCCUUACCAUCAGACUAUGUCAAUCUUCAAGCUUGAUGUCAACCACUGGCUUGACAUGGAUAAAUACUACUAUGAUUAUAUCAAAGAGAAGGAGAGAGUUAUCCACACAUAUGGUCCUGACAACUUUGACUCGCUACCAGGGUCUGAAGAUGCAUGCCUCGAGUUAAUGGAGACUGUAAAAGAACACAUGCUUCUAAGAUACCCACUCCUUUUCACUACGCCAGAUAACGGUGUUCAUGUUAAAAACGAACUUACUGGUGAAGUUCUUGACUUCUCAGAACCUUUGAAGGAAAACCCAUUGGUCUACAUUUCGAAAAUGGCAAAGGAGGACUUUUAUGUUGUUAGAAAAGGUGAAGAUGGUGCACAUAGACUGGUGGCUGCUGCAGUUCCUUUUCCAGGUGGUUCUUUCGGUAUAAAGUAUAAGUUGGGAAAAACUUUAGAUGUGAUCCACACUGAAGUCCCAUACUACGAAGAAAAGUUGAAACCUUCAAUGGAAAAAUGGUUUUCCAGAAUGAAGCCUGCUGAUUUAGUAGAGAGAGCUUCCUGGUACAUUUCAUGGGAUCACAAACUCUUAUUGAACAAUGUCUAUGCAUUGAAAGAAGGCGACAAAGUUCAGAGUGACAUUUUACCUUCGCAAUUUAAUGUUAGAGUUGAACGUCAAACAUUAAGAAGAUUGCCUAAAAGCAAAGCUAUCAUUUUCACUAACCAUCCUGUUUUCUACUCUAUUGAUGAAAUGAAAGAUGAACCUUUAGUUCCUUCUUUGAUUAGAAAGAUCAUAUAUGAAGCACCAGAGAGCAUUUGCAAAUACAAAAACUUUCAAUCAUUUAGAGACCAUCUUCUACCAUAUCUCAACAACCUGGUUGAUGAGCAAAUAAAGAAAGGUUUGAUCACAGAAGACACGCCAGUGAAGACUAUGCCUACAUAUCCAUUUGCUUCUUUCUUGAAAGAUUCGGACGACACGAAGGGAUGGUCCAAUCCUAAGUAUCCUGUAAAUUACUCCAAGGAAUUCCACAAAGAAAUUGAAACGGCUCCUGUACUUGAGCGUGACACAUUUGCCAGAUCUGCAAAAGUUGGAAACCUCAUUUUUAGUUCUACUUAA